CAUGUGCGAAAGGCAAAUUAAAUCCAGAAUGAAAGGUACGAAUUCACACUUCGCUUGGUAUUGUAAUUUUCAAAAUUUUUAGGAUUUGGAUUAAUCCAACAUGUUUAGAAAAGUCGUUGUUGGUAUUUCUGGUGGUGUUGAUAGCGCAGUUGCAACUCUUAUAUUAAAAAACAAAGGAUUUAAUGUAUGUGCUUUAUUUAUGCAAAACUGGGAUAUAAAAGAUGAAAUGGGCAUUUGUACAUCAGAUGAAGAUUUCAAAGAUGCUUCUGAAGUUUGCAAAAAACUUAAUGUGCCCAUUUAUUAUGUUAAUUUUGUGAAGGAAUAUUGGAAUGAAGUAUUUAGCUAUUUUUUAAAAGAAUAUGAAAGUGGAUACACUCCAAACCCUGAUAUUUUAUGCAAUCGCUUUAUAAAGUUUAAUUACUUCUUUCAUUAUGCAAGAGAAUACCUGCAUGGAGAUGCAAUUGCAACUGGUCAUUAUGCAAGAACAAGUUUUGGAAGUUAUCUAGAAAAUUACAGUGAUGUAAAAGUGAAACUUUUAAGACCUUAUGAUGAAAUGAAAGACCAAACAUUUUUUCUAAGUCAAGUUAAACAGGAAGCACUGAGACAUACAAUGUUUCCCCUAGGAACCCUAUUAAAAUCAGAAGUAAAAAAUAUUGCUUUACAAAAUGGUUUUCAAAAAGUCUCUAGAAAGAAAGAGAGUAUGGGUAUUUGCUUUAUAGGCAAUAGGAAUUUUCAAAGUUUUAUAGCAGAAUAUAUAGAAGAUAAACCAGGAAAAUUUGUUAACAUUGAGAAUGGUGAAACUGUGGGAGACCAUAAUGGUAUACAUCAGUGGACCAUUGGUCAGAGAGCAAAAAUUGAUGGUAGAUCCUUACCUUUUUUUGUUGCAAGGAAAGAUUUGGAUACAAAUACAAUAUAUGUAGCAGAACGUCAUAAUCAUUCUGCUUUACAGACGGAAUUAUUUUUUACUGACAAACCUCAUUGGAUUUACGAAACUCCUGAAGAGCUUCGCAGACAUGAUAUCUUAAGCUGUAGAUUUACUGAUCAAAAUAUGAAAGAGGCAGUCGAUUGUGAAGUUUAUGAAGCAGAAAGAGGACUUAUUGUGAGUUUAAGUAGAGAAAAACGUGCGUUAGCCCCUGGACAAUUUGCAGUUUUUUACAAGAAUGAAGAAUGCUUAGGAAGUGCACGAAUUUCUAGCUCAGGACCUUCCAAUUUUAUUUUACAUUGGCUUCAAAGGAAUAACGUUGUCUUUAUAGCACACAAACUAAAUAUAUAUAAAACUACAAUAAGUGGAAAUUGUGAAAUAAAUACGGAAAACGAAUAUAUGCAAGAAACAAAGACUAAUAAAUACACAACGUGCAAAAGCAGUAAUAACCAAAUUAAAGAGAAUAUACAAGACAAUAAAAUAAGUAUUGUAAAGUUAGGAAUUAGACACAACUGUUAACCACAUUUGAAAGUAUAUAAAUGUACAAGAAGAUUGUUGAAAUAAAUGUUUUUAUAUUUAU